UGUCAGUGUCAUGUUGAUAAACAAGGAGGCGUAUCAUAAAAAUUAGAAAUUUUAAUAAAAUUUUAAUUUCUAUUUAGCUAUAAAUUUACACAAAAUUCAAAUUAAUCAAUAGUUUCAGUAAAAAAAAAAUCAAGAUGAUGAACCAAUAUUUAAAGGAAUUAGAACAGGAACCAUUUGAUCCGGAUGAAUUUGUUGAGAGAAUGGUGCGACGCAGUAUGCAAGAAUGUCGCCUUCAGGAUGAUCAGUUCGAUCCAGAGAUGAUCCAUGACAUAUUUACACAGGCUAUCCAGGAUUUGAAGGUGCUCCAAGAAAGACAAGAAAGAAAAUGUGCUAGAUUAGAGCAAGAUGUGCAAGAAGAAGAGAAAUUAUAUGUAGCAAAGCUUGCUGAGAUUAUGGAACAACAUUCUCACUGUGUAAAUGUCUUCAGUUCAUUGGAUGAGAGGAUGUCCCGCUGUGGUGGUCGGGCAUUGGAUGUUGGUGAGAAGCUGGGUGCAGCAAGAGCACCUCGAGCUAGAGCAGCAGCUGCCAGGGAUCUGCUUUCACAUUUAGCAAACUUCCUCAGUCCAGGACCUGUGCUUUCCGACGUUUUCAAUGAUCCUAACAAGCUUAAUGAAGCCGCAGAUGUUAUACAAAAACUGUACACAAUCGCUCAAGAACUACCUCCUGAUAAAUUUGAGGUGGCCAAGAAUAAGAUAGAGGCAAAGUAUGAUGAGAUUGAGAGGAAUCUCAUAGAAGAGUUUGUGAGGGCUCAGAAUCAGGGCAAUGUAGCCAAAAUGAAGGACAUAGCCACUAUUAUGACUAAUUUCAAAGGAUACUCCCAGUGUGUUGAUGCUUACAUUGAAACCAGUCAAAUGAACACUUUACUAGGCAAGGAUAUAUUUGCAGCAGUUCUGCCUCUUUGCAAGAAGAACUACACAGUCAUAAGCAGCGUAUUUCCGAACCCAGACCAGGUGAUAAGCAAGUUUGUGCUGAACAUUUUCCAUCUAAAGUUGCAGAAAUACAUACAAACCAAGUUAGCUGAUAAAAAUGAUAUGGACAAGUAUUUGCGCAAUUUAUACGAUGUGUAUAUCAGCACUCAAAAAGUUUGCGACGAGCUGGUAGCUGCGAACCUAGUGUCAGCUGAAGGUAACACCACCACCGGUGACCUUCGGAGAGAGGCCCUGGUCAACGGAGCCAUGGCGGGCGCCACGGACGGAUACGCGGCGCUAGAGAUACGGCGGCUGAAGGCUGUCCUAUCUAACUCCCUUAACGUGUAUUAUAACGAAAAACAGCACGUUAAAAAGCAGAUCCAGGGCGGAGGUUUCCAAGAGCUACGUCGUGAUCUACAAGCGGUAAUAGGCACUCGGGCGAACAUCAACAUAGCACAGAUAGAGAACUACGGCGGCGAGACGUUCCUCAGCGAACAGUUGGUUCAGAAGAUGCUCAACGAUGCCAAGACUUCCUUCACCAGGUGUAAAACUUUAUGCACUCCAAACGAGUUGUCCGGCACUACGAUAGCUUUACUGGACGCAUUGAUACAGAACUUGCUCAUAGAGCAUGUAGACUAUGCUCUAGACUUGGGCCUGCAGUCUAUUCCCAUAGCCGAGAAUAAAUCGCCACCACAGAUCUACUUCUUCGAUAUAGUGAACCAGGCGAACAAAAUAGUGAGGAUGUUUGGAGAGCACUUCCAGGAAUCGGUGUUGCCAUGUUUGAGCAAACAAGGCGAAUGUAUCCAACGAAAGAACACUAUAAUGGAGCAAUUGGAGAACAAAUUAGACGCAGGGUUGGAGAGAGCUAUAUCAGCAAUAGUGGGCUGGGUGAAGCUGCAUCUGCAGACUGAACAGAAAAAGACCGACUUCAAACCCGAGGGGGAUAUCGAUACUCUGGCUUCAUCUGCCUGUGUGGCAGUGGUAUCCUACUUGAAUUCCGUCAUAGAAAAGAUCCAUACGGAGUUGGAAGGUGAAAACCUUCACGCCGUGUCCUUGGAGCUAGCCGUCCGACUGCAUCGCGUCAUAUACGACCACCUGCAGAACUUCCAGUUUAAUUCUGCUGGUGCAAUGAUAGCGAUAUGCGACGUGAAGGAAUACCGCUCGGCAGUGUGUGGACGAGGAACGCGGUCGGCGCCGGCGCCCGCGCACGCACUGUUCGACACACUACACGCGCUGUGCAACCUGCUGCUGGUGAAGCCGGAGAACUUGCACCAAGUCUGCGAGGGAGAGACGUUGGCUGAAUUGGAUCACUCAAUCUUGCACAACUUCAUCCAACUGCGCUCCGACUACAAGAGUCAUAAGUUAUCGAACUUUCUCAAGGGACUGUCAUAAUUUAUUGUUAACACGUUACGUUGUAUUAAUAGAUCUAACUUUUAUUAUCUAAGUGAUUUAUUAUUGCUUUAUGGUUAAUUCAACGUUAUUUAUUAAACUCUAUUUACUUA